CGGAGGGAUAUCAAACAAAUAUCGUCGUGUUGUAGUUCUGUUCGAGCGACCUGAGAUUGGUGUGGAUUAACAUGUUUAUCACGGUAUUAUCCUCAGGCGACAGUUCUCGUUCAAUAUCUGGACGUUGCGUCCUGGCAGCACAAUGCGAUGGCGUCUCACGACCGUGGUCGACUCGUGGGCACUUCCCUGCUGGCGCGCUGGUUGUUUCCACUUGCGGCCUGCCGCAUCAAGACUUUGCUGUCAUGUAACGCUCGGAUCCCGGAUGUCUUCUCCAGACCCAUCUCACAGCCGGACAAGUCUCAGUAUACGUAUGUCUUGUUCCAUCGGCACAGCGGCAUGGUUGGUUGCAAUUGUUCGUGGCGAGAGACGUUAAUCGGAAAGCCAUUAUACAAUGUGAUGCGUGGAAGCGGUGUUCGAAAGAAGACGUAGACCUCGAGGUGGAAGAUGAGUUUACCUACUUAGAUAGGCAUGUACCCACCCACCUAAGU